AAGAAAACCUGCAACAGGAGAAUGCAGUACAGAGAUUUUCUUUGUUCUGUCAUGUUUUGGAGAAUCUAUCAUCAACUCUCUAUAUUUCCUACCUCUGCCUCUCUCUGGGGUCCAAGCGGUUCACUAUAAAUAUUAGUGUCUCGGCCAUUCCUGCCAUUGCCUCACCGUCAGCCGAGCCAAGGGGUCACACCCCCCACCACUUAACAUUUGUGAAAGUAUUGGAAGUUCGACUGAAAAUGGAGACCAGGACGUUGUUAUUGUGUAUUGCUGUGGCGCUCGCGUCAUCCGCGCCGGUACCCGAGCCGGCGGCGCAGCCCCAGCAUGUGGAGUACGACUACGAAUACGAGUCGGCGGCCGCGCCCGCGCAGCAGGCGCCCGCCGCACAGGAUCCCCAGGAGUCCGCCAGCCACUAUGACGCUUACAUUCAGGAUGUAAAGGCUGCGGCCAGCGGCGGUGGUGGUGCUAAGAAAGGUUACAGUCGAGGCAGCGGUCUCCGAACGAUAGCUGUCGGCUCGGCCAACCAAGCCAAGACCGCGUUGGGCAACCAGAACGCCGCUGGUCACCAGGCCGCCUACGUCGCCAAGAACACUCUGGCUCAGUCCGCUGCGCAAGCUAGCGCGACCGCUCAGGCUGCGCUUGCUGGUAAACAGGUGAUCCUAUCGGGGCUGGAGCAGCAAGUCCGUGAUGCCAAGGUAGCCCUCCAAGGUGAAGAGAUGCAGUUGCAGCAGGCCAAGCGAGCGGCGCAGUCUGCGGCCCAGGCGGCGCAGCAGGCUAUGCACCAAGUGAACGUGAUCCAGGCGGCGUUGAACGCUGCUCAGGCGACAUCCGAGAACGCCAACGAGGCGGCGUCUCAAGCGGCCGGCGAGCUGGGUGCACAGACCGCCAUGGUUGGCGCGGCGCGGCAGAGGCUAGGCUCUCUUCAGGAGCAGUUGCACGGAGUCAGGAUCGACUUCGAGGCAACGCAGGCUGCUGCUAGGAAGGCGCAGGCCGCUGCUCAACAAGCGCAAGCGAACGCAGCGGAGGCGGCGGCGAAGGCCGCGGCGGCCGGGCUCAGCGCCGGCGGCCAUCACAAGGACGCCUCGCACGAAGGUACGAGCUACGAGGAGUACUCCCUGCCCGCGCAGGAGGCACCGCAGGAAUACUAUAUCAACGUCCCGUCGAACUACAAACACUAGUAGCUAAGCUUUAGUCCAGUCUGGGAUUGGUAUAUUUGUUCCUUAAUUUGGAUCAUUGGAAGUCCCUAACCUCAGAGCCACCCAUACGUCAAACCUUGCCAAGCAAAAUGAAAUUUUAUUUUGUCAACACAAAGUUCAAAUUAGAAUG